AUGUACAAAACAAGUAGCACAUCUGGUUCGAACAAGCAUUUGGAUUCAAAGACAAAAAUUGUUGUCCGAAAUGGUAUCCCAGAAUCUCUACCUAAUACUUACAGGCCAAAAGAAGUUGUACUUACGUCACAGCUAAUACUGGCAUGCAUGGGAUUCCUGAGGUACUUGUUGGAGGUGAAUUCCCCGCAGAGCAAUGGAAAGAAUUUAGAUGUCAAUAACAAUCAUUUAGCAACCCAAAGACUGAAGUCUGGCAUGGAGCAGUUGCAUGAAAAGCUAGAAACGGCGAAAACCGGAAAUAUUCACUUUCUCAAAGAUCAUAAUUUUGAUUUUCAAGUUCCACAAGAAAAACUUGUGCAAUUACACAAGUCACAGUCAACAACAGAUCUUACUCCUUCUCCUGCAAUUUCUGAGAUUCAACCAUCCUCCCUGGACGCAACUUCUAAAAUUGUGACUGAUCAAUUUCUGGAUGUAUGGCAACUGGUUAGAACUCCAGAAGUUCCCCCUGUUACAUUUCCACCAACAAAUGCUAUAAUGCCUAAGCUCUCAGAAAUUGUGCAAGAACGCAAUGUUGAUGUCAUGCCAUCUGAAACAGAGAGUGAUACUUUCAUGGAUCCAACCUCAUUCAAACUAGAUGACAAAAUUCCGUUAGAAAUUGGCAUCUUUUCUCCUGAUUCUCAGAUGGCAUGA